GGCCAUGGCGGCCUUGCUGCGGCGCGGGCUGCGGGCGGCCGCACUCCUCACCGUGGCCCCGCGGCGGGCCCUGGCCGCCUGGUCAGGGGACACGGAGCCGGCGGACCCGGUGCUGGAGGAGGAGCAGAGGGCCCGGCGGCGGCGGGCGGCAGCGCGGCUGCGGCGGCUGCGGCGGGAGCUGGGCGGGCAGCGCGGAGCCCCCGAGCGCACCCUGACCUGGGCGGCCAUGGAGCAGAUGCGGUUCCUGUGGCAGGAGCUGCCCGAGGAGUGGCCGCCGGAGCGCCUGGCCCGGGGCUUCGGCGUCAGCCCCGAGGAGGUGCGGCGGGUACUGCGGAGCCGGGGCUGCCCCCCCCCGCACCGCCGCCUGCGGCAGGACGAGCGGGCGAUCGCCAAGGCAGCGGCACCGAGACCGGCACCGGGACUGUCCGCCGGCGGGGAGGUGCGCGCCUCCGACGGGUCACUGCUAUACCGGCUGCCGCGGGGUUGGGGCGGGCCUGGGGACAACGCGCAAUAAACGACUAGACCGGACCCGC